UUGAUUCACAGUACUCGCCAGUAACAAUCGCGUCGUGACACACCCGAGACGCGCGUCGAAUACGCGAGUAGUUUCUGAACACGACGGCCGGUUAUUCCUUUUUUUCGUCUCGUCGGCGACAGUAAGCUCCGAUCUUACAUACGCGUCGAUAUAUAAAGGCUAAAACGAGCAGCUACAUUUUUUCAAGAGAAAGAGAGAGAAGAGAGAGAGAGAGAGAGAGAGAGAGAGAAAGAAAGAGAAAGGGAGAGAAAAGCUUCGAAGCGUGGGCCGUUGUGACUGGACUUGCUAUUCGACCAGACCGGGAUUACAAGCGAUCGUUGACGAAGAAGACCGCGGCCGCUCUCUCGAGUGCAAGGUGCACAUGCUGAAGAGACGAGGAUCAGUGCGUGCGGAAACAUUCGCGUCACCAUGAGACCUUGGACCAACAAAUCUUUGAGCCUCGGUGUCAUCGGGCUAUUACUGCUGGUCUGUGGCGUGUCCCUCUCCGUCCUUUGGCCGAUCAUUUUCCAUCAGAUUCUCCAAAAAGGCUUGGCCCUCACACCGACUUCGAGGAGCUUCGACGUGUGGAAUGACACCAGCAACCUCCCGCCGAUGUACUUCAACAUAUAUAUGUUUAACUGGACCAACCCGCAGGAAUUGAAAAUGCACGGGAAGAAGCCACAUUUCGUUCAAGUCGGCCCGUAUGUCUUCAGGGAGGUAAGACAAAAGGUCAACGUGACCUUUCAUCCCACGAACAAAACCGUCAGUUACUUUCAACGACGAUCAUGGUACUUCGAUGCCGAACGGAGUAACGGAAGCCUCAGCGACAUCAUCAACCAUCUGAACAUCGUCGCUGUGUCGGCAGCGCACAAGAUCCGCUACUGGGACUACAGUUUCCAGAAGUCGUUGUCCAUCAUGCUGACCAGCUCGAAAAUCUAUGUGACGAAAACAGUGGGCGAGCUGCUGUUCACAGGCUACAGCGAUACCCUGCUCACCAUGGGCAAGAUGCUAGUCACCGACGACACGCCGCUUUACGAUCGCUUCGGCUGGUUCUACAUGAGGAACAAUUCCGCCGAGAUGGAUGGGAUAAUGAACAUGGAAACCGGCGUGGACGACAUCAGCCACUUGGGUAUAAUGAGGAAAUGGCGUUACAGGGACACAACCAAAUACCACAGAAGCCCGUGCAACGUCAUCGAAGGCAGCGCGAGUGAAUUUUGGCCGCCCAACCAGACGAAGGAGGGCAUCACUUUGUUCAGCGUGGACUUGUGCCGGUCGGUGAUUUAUGAGUACGAGCGGACGGUCUCGCACAUGGGCAUCGAGGGCUACCGAUACACGAUGGACAAGAAGACCCUCGAGAACGACACACGGCGGCGUUACCCGCACGAGCAGGCGAAGUACUUCGAGCCGACCACGACGACCGAGGACUUCUUCGCGGCCGAGCACACGAACGAGGGACUGCUCAGCACGACUACCGAGAGCCCGAGCUACGGCUCCAGCGAGGAGCGCUCGUCCGAGAGCUCGGACGACAUGUCCGACGACGACCCGGACGUCAUCAACAUGGGCAAUUGCUACUGCAACGGCGAGUGCACGCCGUCGGGCCUGAUAAACGUGAGCUCGUGCCGCUACGGCGCGCCAGUGUUCAUGAGUUUACCUCACUUCCACAAGACUGAUCCUAGCCUGCUCAACCAAAUCGAAGGGCUGAACCCCAACGACGGGGACUACGACUUCUCCAUCACCCUGGAGCCCACCACGGGGAUUCCCUUGGAAGUGGCGGCCAAACUACAAGUGAAUAUUCUCGUACAGCCGUCAGAGAUUGUGUCGCUCUUCAAGAACGUGCCCAGGAUUUACUUCCCGAUCAUGUGGUUCAACUUGACGGUAGAAAUCACCAAGGAGAUGGCGUCUGAUUUGAAGCAAUUGCUAGCGCUUCCGACUGUGAUGCUGUGUACCGGCGUGAUUAUGGCAAUCGUUGGAUUGUGUUUGAUCGCCGCAGUGGCGCUGCUCUAUCUGGUGAAGAAGAAGCCUACACCACCAGCGCCCGCGGAGGUCGCGCCGGAGAAGCCGGUCGACGAGCCGCUGGAGAAGAAGUCGGAAACGGUGUACAUGGACAAGAUAACCGCCAACGAGGACGCCAACGUUAGGAGCGACCGUCGUUUGUACGCGAAGCUCUAUUGAGCGUUUCCCCACCCGGGGGAAACUUCGUUCCACCACGAGACGAGCACGUAGACUACACAGGGGACAAGAAUGUGCAAUCGUGGACCAAAUUCGAGAGGUGGAGGGGGGGGGUUCGAAAGGUGCGCCCUGAAUAGAUUUUCAUGUCUCGGGAUGCAAAACUCCCGCUUGAUACGGUAUAAGAGGGAAAUGAAGAGGAAAAGAAACGCAUUUAGGACGACACCGAGCUGCACACGUGUACUUUAUCGUGCUUAACGUUAACACGAUCGGACACGUGUGCGCGGAUGUAUUCGCGAUCUCGCAUGCUAAUGCGAGUGAAUGGGUAGACCGUGUGGAAUCGCUGCUAGAAUAGCUAUAAAAAUAAUGCGAAAUUUAUAGACGCGCCAUGCAGACGCGCAUGCCACGAGUAGAGUAGAUCGGAAUGACAAUGCGUCGCGUUAGUUUAUGCGCACGAUGACUCCAUGACACGUGGAGAACUAGAAAUUAUCUCUCGAAGUCGAUGUUUCUCAAUGACGCGAAUCUCCUUCCUCUCUUCCCUCCCCCCCUCUCUCUCUUUCUUCCUCUCUCUUCAAUCCGUCUCGAGAUCUUCUACUCUGCAGACGACGCGACUUUCAUUGUGAUUGUUACAUUCCUACGUGACGUACGACAUUGAACGAAGAAUAAUAAUGUCGGAUAAUUAUUCAUGUAUCGACGUGGUACACCAAGACUGACGAAACCGACGGUCGCAUGACAAAGCUUUAGUUAUUUUCAAUCUACUGUCUACUACUGUCCACUACUACUGUCACACAAGAGCGCGCUGUCGCCAUCAGAAUACAACGGGCUGAUAUCUAUAAAGGCAAAUCGAACUGCACGGAGUUCGUCCGUUCUCUGUUAACGACGAUUACGUUAAUGAUGACGUUAACCGAUGAUUCGGCCGUUCAGUUAAUUCAUCCGCGUGACACCGACGAAGCAGAGCUUCAACACACAUAUGGAUAGGCCGUUCAAAAGCGGCUUUAGUUACAUUUGUAGGCGAACAGAUAUUCGCGUACUAUUGAUACAGCCGCAGCCGAUGCCGAGCCAAUGAACGAAGAACGCUGUAAUCAAGCGCGGUCGAAUGAAAGGAAAAGUACAAAAAGCUUUAUACGAUAAUGCCGCACGAACACCACUGGCCGCUGUGCGAAAAACCGAAUUUAUCUUUCCGCUAGAAUUUAUAAUCGAGGCGUCGAGAGACGCGGCGAUGUCAUAUUUACCGAGUCAUUUUUAUAUAGAGAUACUGUUGCCGGGAGGCGCGCGCGAAAUCGCAUACAACGACAUUCUCAUCGAUAUUCGAGUACAGAGAGCAAAACAAUACGCUAUUUACGCGGAAGAAUAUCUGUGGUGUGCCUUGGUAUUGUUGUAAUUAAGUGUUAUCUAUCGUGCGGAUUCGGUGUUGUGUUCUCGAUAUGAUAAGGCGUUGUUGCGCACCGUAAUUCCGGGAUAGCGUUGCAGCUUUUUGCAGCCUCCUUCGCUUUUAUUCCCUACAAAAACCUUUUUUCUUUUUUGUUCUUGUCACGGAGCACGUUCGCGCGCGGUCGAUAUGAAAUCAGUUUCGCGCUCCUAGUGGAACUGAGGAGAGACUUCCUCGCUGGCGCGAUUCCUUCCCUCUCGAUACACGUUACCGUGCGUCGAGCGACGCGAAGCUAGUUUCGAUACCGUGGCAAUACUUUCGUUUACCGGGAUUAACCCCGUCAUUAUAUACGGGAUAAGCUGUUUUCUAAGGCGGGAUUUGUGAUAUUCAGCGUUACUAUUAUUUGUAUUUGUACAAAAGCAGCCAUUUACGAGUGCCAAUGACGUAUUAGACUAAGAGUUACUCCGCGACGUAGCCGAUCGCGGGGUCGAGGAGAACCGCGGCGGCAUUUCAGAACGAUGUUACCAAUUCUGAGCGUGACCUCCCAAUUGUGCAAUCGCGACGGGAGGUAUCGCAUUGUAUGCUUUAAUGUUUAAAUAUAUAAAGUGUGUUGGGAAGCCGUGGUUCAUCGGGCAAAAUCGUACGAUUUUGUAUUUGUAUUUUAAUAAAAGGGUCUACCACAUUUUUACAACAUCA